GAAACGAAUGUGAGCACUAAGCACGCCGUACUUUUGGCUUGAGGUUUUCUUCUUCCGACUUCUCAGGAAGCGCAGCACAAAGAAUGGCAACGAAAGCUAUGGACUUUGCGCUUGGAAGCAACCCACAUGCUUGCUUUUCUAUCAAUCCACCAAAACUCACCAAGGUUAGGGUUUUCACAAUCAGAUGCUCUGCGCCUCUCUCCUCUGACAGCGCCGCCACUGGUCUCGUGGAGAGGCCAUGGAAAGUGGCGGAUGCUAGGCUUGUUCUUGAAGACGGUUCUAUUUGGAGAGCUAAAUCAUUUGGUGCUUCAGGAACCCAAGUUGGUGAAGUGGUUUUCAAUACAUCUCUGACGGGGUAUCAAGAAAUUCUCACAGACCCUAGCUAUGCUGGUCAGUUUGUCCUGAUGACAAAUCCACAUAUUGGCAAUACUGGGGUAAAUUUUGAUGAUGAAGAAUCAAGGCAAUGCUUCCUUGCUGGUCUAGUGAUUAGAAGUUUAAGCAUAAUGACUUCAAAUUGGAGAUGUGCAGAAACACUUGGUGAUUAUUUAGCAGAAAGGAAUAUCAUGGGAAUUUAUGAUGUCGACACACGUGCAAUAACUCGUAGAUUGAGACAAGAUGGAAGCCUUAUUGGUGUAUUGAGCACUGAAAAUUCAAAAACAGAUGGAGAACUUUUGGAAAUAUCUCGUUCGUGGGACAUUGUUGGUGUUGAUUUAAUAAGUGGAGUUUCAUGUGAUGCCCCUUAUGAGUGGGUUGAUAAAACAAAGUCAGCAUGGGACUUUAAUUGUGAUGGUAGAGAUGGAGAAGCCUAUCGUGUUGUUGCAUAUGAUUUUGGGAUCAAACAUAAUAUCCUAAGGCGAUUAUCAUCUUAUGGUUGUAAAAUCACUGUUGUACCAUCAACUUGGCCUGCAUCUGAAACUCUAAAAAUGAAGCCAGAUGGAGUUCUUUUUAGCAAUGGCCCAGGAGAUCCAUCUGCAGUUCCUUAUGCAGUUGAAACAGUCAAAGAAAUUAUAGGAAACGUUCCUGUUUUUGGAAUUUGCAUGGGACAUCAGUUGCUUGGCCAGGCAUUAGGGGGCAAAACCUUCAAAAUGAAGUUUGGUCACCAUGGAGGGAAUCAUCCAGUUCGCAACCUUCGAAAUAGUUGCGUUGAGAUUAGUGCUCAGAAUCACAACUAUGCAGUUGAUCCAGCAUCACUCCCUGAGGGUGUGGAAGUGACUCAUGUCAAUCUCAAUGAUGGUAGCUGUGCUGGUCUUGCUUAUCCUGCACUGAAAAUUAUGUCUCUUCAAUACCAUCCUGAAGCAUCCCCAGGGCCUCAUGACUCAGAUUGUGCUUUUAGGGAGUUCAUAGACCUUAUGAAGUCUGUCAGGCAGAAUGCUUGAACCAACAUAUGCUGGGUCAUAUAUGAAUCUUGGAUGUUGGAGGAUGCUAGUGAUGGUGUGUCACUUGAUAUCUGCUUUCCUGCUUUGUCCUUCAGUAGACAGAAAGUUGAGAGUGCUUGAGGUCGCAAUGUUGCCUGCAAACGCAUACAAAAUGACACUGCAACUCUUUUGCUCUCCUGCUUUAAUUAAUAUUAUGUCUAACAUUGCCCUUGUGGUUGUAAGGACGAUGGUUGCUAUUUAUUGCCUUUUUCUUUGCCUUACCAAAAUUGUUGGUUGUGGUUUUAGCAUACAAAAUGACUAUGCAACUCUUGCUCUGGCUGAUGGUUAUGUAGUUUUAGGCUUUGGGGAAUAUAUGAUGAGUAAAUUUUCUUUUUGUCA